GUUCGGCAUGGAUAGGCCUGGAUAGGCUAAGGAUUCGAAUCUCACUGAGGUUGUAACCUCUAUCUUCUGACCUCCCCAACGUCUUUCUUGUACCCGCCCCGCGUCAAAUCGUCGAAGAAUAUGGCUCCCUUGAAAGCGACGGUGAACUGUGAUAUGGGGGAGGGGUAUUCCCUGUAUACAAUGGGCGACGAUGAGUCCCUAAUGAAGACCAUCCACCUUGCGAACAUCGCAUGCGGGUUCCACGCCUCCGACUUUUCAAUCAUGGACAAGACCGUCCAGCUUGCCAAGGAGAACAACGUCCUCGUCGGCGCGCACCCCUCUCUCCCUGACAGGCAAGGUUUCGGCCGGCGCGAGAUGGCCAUGGAGCCCGAUGAGCUCGCAGCAUGCUUCACAUACCAAGUUGGCGCGCUCUCCGGCUUCCUGAAGCGAUACGACCUGAAGUUGCACCACGUGAAGCCGCACGGCUCCGUCUACGGCAUGUGCGCGCGCGACAAGGGGCUCGCGAAGGCUGCCAUGACGGUGUGUAAAUCAUUCGGGGAUGAUGUUGCGUUCAUGGGGCUCGCGGGCACCGCGCACGUCGACGCGGCGCGGGAAGCGGGGGUGCGGUUCAUUCCCGAGUGGUUUGCGGAUUUGGAUUACAGCCCCGAAGGCAAGCUCCUUAUCACCAAGAAACAUGCCCCUGUAACUCUGGAAGAAGUCCGCAGAAGGGUAACAAACCUCCUCGAGAACCGCCAGCUGACGACGACGAGCGGCACCCUCCCUUUUGCCGAAGAUGUCUCUGAGGUGUCCAUAUGCGUGCACAGCGAUACUCCAGGCGCGGUCGAGAUCGCGAAGGAGGUGAAGAGGCUGGUGGAUGAGAGUAAUCAGAAGAAUGGGUACACCGUCUAAGGAUCAAGUACAAGAAGACAUCUAGGGAUUGUUCGUUGUAUGAGUGGGACUGAUGGAUGUCUGAGACGGCGGAAAAUGUAUGCUGGCCUCGUCUAGGCGACUCUACAUGCAAGACAUCACAGAAGGUAUCACUACUGGAGUAAAUUACUGCUGACAGCAAACGCAGACGUACUGUGGACUUCUCUUCCGUGGAUAAAAUGACGUACAUCAGC